AUAGUAGUUAUACAGCUCAGUUCCAGCCCACGCCCGAAGAUUCGAGUAAGAUCGGUCGGCGGAACGCAAUGACAGCUGCGCCUCGAGAUCCGAAACGAAAACCCACGCCAGAUGACGUUAUCGUUGGUGUGGCGAUGGUGCUGCUGGUCGUGGUGGUGGAAACGCACCAAAAAUGGCAGCGAAUAAGUUAUGUUAAUCGGAGCUCGGCCCAUACACAGAGUUUAUGAUGGCGUACAUGGGUGGCCUAAACCACGUAGCCGAGCCCAGACAUGUUUCUGGGAGAUCAUCUCCGAUGAGCAUGGCAUCGAUGCCACCGGCGCCUACCACGGUGACAGCGACCUGCAGCUGGAGCGCAUCAAUGUGUACUACAAUGAGGCGUCCGGUGGCAAGUACGUGCCCCGCGCUGUCCUUGUCGAUCUGGAGCCCGGCACCAUGGACUCUGUGCGAUCGGGACCUUUCGGCCAGAUCUUCAGGCCCGACAACUUUGUGUUCGGCCAGUCGGGUGCCGGCAACAACUGGGCCAAGGGUCAUUACACAGAGGGUGCUGAGCUGGUGGACUCAGUGCUCGAUGUUGUCCGCAAGGAGGCCGAAUCCUGCGACUGCCUGCAAGGCUUCCAACUCACACACUCCCUUGGCGGCGGCACUGGCUCCGGUAUGGGAACCCUGCUGAUUUCCAAGAUCCGCGAGGAGUACCCCGACAGGAUCAUGAACACAUACUCGGUUGUGCCGUCGCCCAAGGUGUCGGACACCGUUGUGGAGCCCUACAACGCCACCCUGUCGGUGCACCAGCUGGUCGAGAACACGGACGAGACCUACUGCAUCGACAACGAGGCUCUCUACGAUAUCUGCUUCCGCACCCUCAAGCUGACGACACCCACAUACGGUGACCUGAACCAUCUUGUCUCCCUGACCAUGUCCGGCGUAACCACCUGCCUCCGAUUCCCCGGCCAACUGAACGCUGAUCUCCGCAAGCUGGCCGUCAACAUGGUGCCCUUCCCACGUCUUCACUUCUUCAUGCCCGGCUUCGCUCCCCUGACCUCCCGAGGAUCCCAGCAGUACCGCGCCCUCACCGUGCCCGAGCUGACCCAGCAGAUGUUCGAUGCCAAGAACAUGAUGGCCGCCUGCGACCCACGCCACGGACGCUACCUUACCGUCGCCGCCAUCUUCCGUGGACGCAUGUCCAUGAAGGAGGUCGACGAGCAGAUGCUGAACAUCCAGAACAAGAACAGCUCCUACUUCGUCGAAUGGAUCCCCAACAACGUGAAGACCGCCGUGUGCGACAUCCCGCCCCGUGGUCUGAAGAUGUCCGCCACCUUCAUCGGCAACUCCACUGCCAUCCAGGAGCUGUUCAAGCGCAUCUCCGAGCAGUUCACCGCUAUGUUCAGGCGCAAGGCUUUCUUGCAUUGGUACACCGGCGAGGGCAUGGACGAGAUGGAGUUCACCGAGGCCGAGAGCAACAUGAACGAUCUGGUGUCCGAGUACCAGCAGUACCAGGAGGCCACCGCCGACGAGGACGCCGAGUUCGAGGAGGAGCAGGAGGCUGAGGUCGACGAGAACUAAAUUCGAAUCGGAAAUCAAUCGAAUUCUCGAUCAAUGUUUUGCGAAAAAAAAUGAAACGAGAACAAAUGAAUUCAGUUGUAAAAGAUUUGUUCUCUUAACAACGUAAUCAAUAAAGUCGGAUCCAAUUUUGUUCACAAGUCU